CUGUCUUGUGUUUGCACGCGUUUGCAUGUGCACUUUAUGUAGAAUGUGUAGGUCUUAUUUAGUUCUGUGACAUCUCAUGUGGUUAGUGUCUUGUUUUACGUAGCACCGUGGUCCUGGAGGAACGUUGUUUCGUUUCACUGUGUACCGUACCAGCUCUCUAUGGUUGAAAUGACAAUAAAGCCACUUGACUUGAAUAAGUGAAAAUUCAUUUAACUUACUCCACUUACUUAAAGAUGUUACAUGUAGCUUUGGAUACCCCUCGCACAGGCUACGUUGCAUCUUAUAUCUUUAGUACACUUUUCUGGCUACAAGCUUCUUGAAUCUUGAAGGCUGCAAUCUGAUUGGCUCUCUGCACUUCCAUGUAUACACACUUCUGUGUGCUGGUUCCUGACAGAGCACAAACUUGGAGCAGUGUAAGCUUUUAGGUGCUUUUGAUAAAUAAAAACGAAAAACUCCCAGCAUCCCAUCUUUUUAAAAGUCAUUUGAGAGUUGUGUGCUUGCUCCAGAAAUGUUCUCUUCCCCUAAUUGCUAUUUAUUUGUCUUUGAGAAAUGUAAAGGAGCCACUCUGGCUGAUACCGGAGUAACAAAACAUGUUAGCAGUCCAUCCAUCCCUGACAGAUCUCACACUUACAAAUGAUUCAACCGUCAGUUCGCUCUCGCACACUCGCCAGCUCUGGUAUCCUAGAGACCACAAAUCUGAACCACGGGCCUCAUUUGUCCGUUAGCACUCUCAAUGCUAAAGCAAUUGAGCUGUCAACACAAUCGCCAAUAAAGUGCAAGCUUAAUAUCCGCAAACGUGCAGGGUUUUACUACGGAUGGCUUAAUAAUUAACUUGAGGUAAAAACCUUUUCACCGAACGGCAGGUGGAAGUGUUUAUGCAGAUGGCAAAGAAUACGUUUUGUUGGAGAAACGCCAGCGGGUUGCACACUGUGCCUGAAUUUGCAUAUAUGUGUGCUAUUUCUUGUGUGUGUACAUAACUGUCUAAGAAAUGUAAGCAUAUAAAAUUUUAAUUGAGAGUUCAUCUGUAGCACCAUUUUAUUUUAAUUUACUUCAUUUUACUUCAAAAUCUAUAACUCUUAAUGAGCUGUUCAUUUAAAAAAAAAAAAAAAGAAAUCUAGUAUAUAGUACAGCAAACACUAUCAGGUUUAUUUAGCUAGCUAUCACUAUAAUUUUACCUCACAUGGACGUUUAACAUCAGGUCUAAGAACAAAACAGAUCGUAUUUUGUAAGUAAUUCCCUUCUCUGAUACAAUCCCACUUGUAUUAAUGUUCUACAUCAAGACAUAUAGAGCUGAGAGGUAUUACAGUAUAAUCUAGAAAUUGUGAAUAAAUAACAUCACAAAUGAUCACAGGUACCAGAACUUUUAUUGUACUUUAAACAUGGACCAACAACCAAAAUAGUUGUCCAACUCCAUUUGAAACAAAAAGACCUUGAAUUCAAUCAUUCCUUUUUUAGUCUAGAAAUAUAGAUUAUUUAAUUUGUUCAAGAAAGUAAUGGAAAACAUGAUAUUAUAAGUCUUUAUUGGUCACAUAUACAUUAGAGUACAGUGAAAUUGUUUUCUUCGCAUACCCCAGCAUGUCAGGAAGAUGGGGUCAGAUUGCAGGGUAAGCCAUGAUACAGCGCUCCCUGGAGCAUAGAUGGUUAAGGGCCUCGCUCAAGGGCCCAACAGUGGCAGCUUGGCAGUGCUGGGGCUUGAACCCCCGACCUUCCGAUCAGUAACCCAGAGCCUUAACCGCCAAGACACAACUGCCCAAUUUGCUGAGGUUGUUAUGGCCAUAUCGCUAUAUGUUCACUUGACUGCUAGGACUGAUUAUAUAUCGUGUGCACACGCAUGAGCAUCGGUCGUUCAAUUCCUGCUUGAUUAGUGGAAAUAAGUUGCUUUGUUGAUGGAACUCACUGAGCCUGGAUCAACCGGUUACACUAAGCCAAGCGAGGCUAUUUCAGAUAAGCCCCACAUUAGCUUGCUUUGUGGAAUAACCCCCAACGGUUGUGUAGCGAGAAACAAUGUUAUUCAAGGUCUGAUAGCAUGUGUCCAUGUGUUGCAGUGGCUCUGGAAUGUUCCCUAAAUGGUCAGUGGAGUCUUCAUAUUUACAAUUCCACGUGUAAACACUUCUGCAAACCUCAUUCGAGCGAAUGAACACGUCUGUUAGUUGUGCAAUCAUCACGUUUUAAUGGUUACCAGGUGAAGAGAAACCGGAUUAACCACGCCGAGUCAUGCGUGUUUUCCCCAUUUCUGUUUGAAAGCCAUCGUGCUACAUUGAGCACAGGGAUAUUGGGAGUGACGGGAGAUGAAGUACUACAGGUUUACUUGAUAUAAAAGCAUGAGCUUUUUAUAUAGCAUUUAUUGCACUUAGUACUAUAAUAGUACAAACCAUGUGACGAAUUUAAUUUGCACUCAAAUACUAGGGACUAUUAAGGAAUAGUACAUAAUUAGAGACACAAGCUGUGUUUCCAUCGAAGUUGUGAAUUCAGCUUAUGUAAGAAAAUUGGAAUAGCAUAAACAAAACACUUGCGGAUAAAGCAUCAUUUCCAUCCCAUGUGUACAAGAGCACAAAAUCGCCACUUCCUGAGGAAGUAUUUUUCCGAGCCAAUUAUCUGAUAACGUGAUUUGUUCAGGUAGAGCAUCAAGAAAUUUAUUUCCAUGGAAAUGAUGUGUUUUAUUGUAGUUUAUGUGCAUGUCUUGUUAUUGAAUACAAAAAUUAUCCUCCUCAAUUGAGUACACAAGUAUUUUUUUGGAGAUUCGCAUGCGUUGCUUUUCCAUCCAGUAUUGUUUUUUUUUUAAAUACGUGGAUGGAAACGGUUACUUUGCUACAUUUUGACUGGUACUUGAUGAUGUAUACCUCAUGUACAGUAGAUUGUGAUGUUUCCCAGCUCUCUGUACUGCUUCCUGUAGAAAGCAGUGGUGCGUGCUGUUGUUUUUCAUUCAUUUCACCGUUAAAAUAACUAUAACCCCAGUCUUAUUAACAGGAACGAAGAGAUAUAGACAUGCUCCUGUGUGUGUGUGUGUGCGCUAAUUCCGUCUUUGAGUAACGGCUGCUGCAGUUUGGAUGUGUGUAGCAGGAUUGUACAUUGGCACUGUGGUUGUGUUGUGUAAUGCUCGGCGUGGCGGUUAGGGAGGAUGUGGAGCAGGACACUGCGCUGCUCUGUACUGUCUGAACGCUUAUCAGAGACGCAGUGUGCCUGGGCCUUCAGCGCUGCCUGAUAAAGCCCAGACAAAAACGAGCCUAACACACUGGCACAGGGCUGGGCGAUAUGAUACGAUACUGAUAUUGUGAUCAGUUAUUCCGUAAUACACAUUGCUGAGGCGUCGUGAGUAUCAGGAUAUCUCGACUAUUUUUUUUUUAAUGUUUACAUUCAUUUUUGUUAUUUUUGUACAGAAUCUUUACAGUUGUUAAGUGUUGAUAUUAGUUUUUUCCCUCUUUUUCAGUGUAAUUUUUUUUUUGUAGACUUUAAAUACGUUUACUCAAACUCGUGUAUAUAUAAUAUAUAUGUUUUUUACUGUUAUUUGUUUUAUUUUUUUGGUUUCUGCUUUUUUUUACGUUUAAUUUUUUGUGUACACAAAUGUGAUGAAGCUCUUUUGUACACCAGAUUUUCCAGUUGCUUUAAUUUGUUUUAUGUUGUAUUAUUAUAAUAUUUAUAUUACUGUUUUUUCGGUUGUUUUUCUUUUUUGCCAGUUUGUUAGCAGUAUUAUAUCACUGUAUGUAUUAUGUCUUCAACUAUCAUGAUGUAUUUGUGUCAUAUCGCCCACUCCCUAACCCCGAAAUAUUUUGAGUCACUACAUACUGAAACCGCCCCCCCCCUCUUCUCUUCUUCUACUUCUUCUUCUUUUUUUCCCCUUUCUUGUUCUUUUUUGAUCAGUCCACUCAUGUAAAGUGCCUCAUGGUCAUGUGAUUCAGUUCAGAUGGCAUUCCCCUGCAUGCUGGACAUCAAUGGCAUCUCUGUUCACGUCCAGCCUGUGACACUACAGCCCUUAGCUUCCGUUGUGUGUCACACACAUGGCUCUGUGUGUGUGUGUGUGUGUGUGUGUGUGUGUGUGUGUGUGUGUGUGUGAGAGAGUGUGUGUGUGUGUGCAGAGAGGAGACAGCUGUUGCUGCAUUUGGGAGGGCCUCUUGAGCUCCGUCCCACCCCGUCCCCUCUCCCACUCCUUGCACACUUCACAUUGCACUUCACUUGGAGUUUGUAGGGCUUGACGUCUGGAAAGUGCGCUCCUCCUCCGGCCUCGCACUGGAAUGGAUCAUCCGUUGACGGCCCUGGAGCGUCCCGAUUCACAGUGCCCUUGUUUGCCCGACCGCGAGGUUUAUUUCAGGGUUAAAUCGUACCGGGAUCACUGGAGCACUUUGUGGUUUUCAGGGUUCUGGGCUGCUGUUCUUCAGAAAACACACCAGUGCUGAGCGCCGAUCCCUCUGUUUCUGUUUCUCUAUGGACGACUGCUGUGGUGCGCUAAAGAGUGGACGAGUGAGCAGCAACAGGUGGCUCCACACUGCGUGCUGUCUGUGCGCUUGUGCUUUAUUCAGGAUCCAGAGCUUGAGGCAUGGAAGAAGCGGUGGUUCGUUCUGCGCAGUGGACGACUGACGGGAGACCCGGACGUGCUGGAGUACUACAAAAAUGACCACGUGAAGAAGCCCAUCCGAGUGAUCGACCUGAACCUGUGCGAGCAGGUGGACGCCGGGCUCAGCUUCAACAAGAAGGAGCUGGAGCACAGCUUCAUCUUCGACAUCAAGACCAUCGACAGAGUCUUCUACCUGGUGGCUGACACUGAGGAGGAGAUGAACAAGUGGGUGCGCUGCAUUUGCGACAUCUGUGGCUUUAACCCCACCGACACAGACGACUCGGCGAAAGCGUCUCAUCAGUCUACAAUGGGUGGAGGUUCGGUGAUGGAUGUACCUCCUCGAUCUGGGCUGAUGGGAUCCUCCUCACUGCCCAGCGUGCCCCCUCCGUACCAGCCUGUCAGCGUUGGACAUCUGGACUCCUCCUCCAGCCUGGAUGACACACAGGACUACCUGCUGCUGCUCCACUGCGAGAGCAAGAAACCCGAGCCCAGCAGUGCUAAUGUGGCUCUGUCUGAAAGCGGGCUGGAGCAGGAAUACCUGCUCUUGGAGGAGUGCGAGAGCAAGGCUGCUCCUCCUGACAGUCCACACGAGUGCUCCAAGUCUACCUCCUCGGAGCCGGACUGCAACGACAACCUCCCAUCUCACCGCACGCCCACUUCCUCAACCUCUACAGCCAAGCAUGCAUCAGUCAACGGCUUCUUCUGUUCCCAGCAUGCCAGCAUGCCGCUGUAUGACUCGCCUCCGGCGCGGGGGGCCAGUGUUUCGAUCGAGCCGCAGGCUUUGUACCAACUUCCCCGCAGCCGGUCUCAGGACACGGUGCUGCUGCCCAAAAGCGCGUCCUUGUCAGGCACCAUCGACUCCGAUACUGGCGACGUCUACGUCUUCAACACACCUGCGCGAAAGCCCUCGCUUGAGGCUCAUCUCAGGAACACGUCCGUCAGCUAUGACAUCCCACCCGCGCCUGGCAGCAACAGUGCCUAUCAGGUGCCCCGCACGGCCGGGGGGGCGGAGGCCUCAGCCUCCGACGUAGUGCCACCUCCUCGGCCGCCCAAACCCUCAGCGGGGCCGGCGGCCGACCGCUCGCCCACAGACAAUUACGUCGUACCUAGGUCGGUGUCGGAGACGGACUCAAACUACUGUGUGCCUUCAGGGCCGGGAGGAAGCAAAACUCUCCGGAGCAACACCAUCGGCCCCGUGGAUUCCUCACGCCUGCGCAAAGAUUAUGGAUCACAAGACUGUUAUGAUAUACCCAGAUCUUUCCCUUCAGACAGAAACUGCUCAUUCGAGUUCAACGAACCCUUCAGCAACUAUUUUAAAAAUAAAGGCAUGCUGCCUGUAGGGAACACUUCGACCGAGGAGCUGGAUGAAAACUACGUGCCUAUGAGCGCAAAUUCCCCGUCACAUCAGCGCUCGGGUAGCCUCUCCGAGCUUAUCCAGGAGCCCAACUAUGUGCCCAUGACCCCGGGCACAGUGGAGUUUCCUUCCCUGGGGAAGCAGGUGCCUCCUCCGGCCCACAUGGGUUUCCGAUCAAGUCCCAAAACACCUCCACGAAGACCAAUGCUCAUCACCGACUGCCAACCGCCACCUGUCGACCGAAACCUCAAACCUGACCGCAAAGGUCAGAGUCCUAAAAUAAUCAGAGCUAAUCGGCCUGUCGGUCUUGAGCGAACCGACUCUCAAACCAUAGGUGAUUUCUCAAGACGUCGUAAGGCCAAGCCCGCCCCCUUGGACAUCAAACCAGUCCCUGAGUGUGAGGAGUUUAUUACACCAGUGCGCUCACCCAUCACCAAGUCCUUCACCCGGGACCCAUCCAGGUUCCCCAAGGUUCCCAGGCCACCUUCGGUGCAUAGCACCGCCUCCAGCACCGACUCCGAGGAGGGGGAUGAGAAUUAUGUCCCCAUGCAGUAUCCUAAUAUGCCUGCAGAUGAACCAAAAUUAGGACCACCCAUGAAUGCCAAAGUCGAGUAUCUGGACUUGGACCUGGACCCUGGCAAAUCCACUCGAAAGAGCAACGGGGCAGGCAUGGGAGUGUCAGAUGAGCGGGUAGAUUACGUGGUGGUGGACCAGGAGCGCACUCAGGCCCUAAAAAGCACCAGAGAGGCAUGGAGCGAUGGCCGGCAGUCCACUGAGAACGACACCCCCUCCAAAGGGCCCAAGUGAACCCUUGGCCCCUCCUCCUUCCCUCUGAUCCAUCUGGUUUCUGGGCUGGAGAUGGGGUGCGGUGCAGGAGUAGAAGACAUGCCUCGAUCUGCCCCUACUAUUCAUCUAGAUUAUACUGUGAGAGAGAAGCCGGUUCAGUUCCCACAUCAGCUGGUUUACACUGCCACCUGGCUGAGGGAAAGGCAACUGUGUGGAGGAGAGCUGGGCUUCCAGAGUGCCGUCUAUAAGCUGAGAGACAAUUUCUACUCUACUGUGUGUUGGGAGCUGAAGGAACUGCUAAACAUCACUGAUUUAGAGCCCUAUGAAUACUUUUGCUAACAGAACAGCAAUAUACUUUCAUUUGUAUCAAGUGGACACUUGCUGCUUCACUUAGGGUUUUUUUUUUUUUGUGGGUAUAUAGCCUGGGUUUUAAUUCCACCUGUGUUCAUUCACAUUCAUGGAGUGAAAUGUUAUCUUCUAGUUUGAUUAGCAUUUCUGAGUUUACCACCAAACAACUGUCUGCUUUUCCUGUUCACACAACUGCCAUAGUCAGGUUACAGGAAAUAGAUUUUUUUUUUUUCUUCAGGAAGCAUUCACUUUUAUCCAGUUCCUUGAUAAUCUGAAGCUUUGGUACCUCUUGGUUUCUUUCAUUUUAUUUUAUUUUUUUAAAGGGGGGGGGGGUGUUCAGUGUUACCCACUAGAGCAUUUGCAAGGUAUUGAAUGCCAUGGAGAAAGAAAGAAAAAAAGCCACAAGAAAGAAGAAGAAGAGCAUCACAGUGGCAAAUAGGACUGCUAAACUGACUGUAUAAAGUGUUAUGUAUAUUAAAUAAAGUGUCCUUUGUAUUGAAUGUGUGAGCUGUAAAGGCUUUGGUGUGGCCUCUGCCGGAUAGAAGUCUGCACUCUCGGAAAGCAGGAGCUGUGACCGCUGUUUUUAUUUCAGUGCAAGGUAACAAAACUAAAGAGCAGAAGUCAGGUACUCACCAAAAGGAUUAACACAGCAGUUCCUUCCUAAAUUAUUUUUAUUUCUGUUGUUUUUUUUUUCUUUCUUUACUUACACAUGAUGAGAUUGAUGUUGUAGUUCACUCAUUAUUGUACUGCAAUUUCAGCAGCCUGUGAUAAAUGUUCUGAUCAGCUUCUUUUUUUUUUUUUUCUUUUUUUUUUUUUAUAUAUCUGCUGUAUAUGAUGCCUUCUUUGGGAAAAGAGAAUCCAGUCAGGAUGUUUCAGAAGUUGUAUAUUGAUCCCGCAUUCCUUUUGUGACUGGUCCUUUGAUAUAUUUUAUUGCCACUUUGAUAAUUUAUUUCAGAUGGAUUUCCACAGUUUCUGGAGACUAAUUGCCUUAUUACAAACUUUACUGUGUGAAUGUUGUACAUACGACCGGAUGUGUAAUUUCAGCAUCAAAGUUAGAGAGACUAUGUAAACUUUUAUCAUGUGUGUAACAAAUACUUUUACUAACUAUCAAUUUCUUAGGCCAAGGAGACAUGGACAUGGACACCGUCAGUGGCUUUUGCUGUAUAUACAUGCACAAACUUCCUUUUUAAAUUCAAAUCUCCAUCUUUACUGCCUGCUUUUUGUUCAGCCUUGUUUUUAAGGUGCAUUAUGUGGCCAGAUAAACCUCAGAUUUUCUUCAUGCUUUAUAUCUUUUUUUUUUCUUUUUUUAAUGAAUCAAAAAGAAAUGUGCAUUUUAAAAUAAACUCCAUUUAAAAAAAAACAAAAACAAACAAACAUUCAUUAUAACAUAACUGACUCCAAGUUUAGUCGCAAGUUUUAUUAUGGUGGUGUCAUUUCUAUCAUCUAAAUUAAACAUGGAUCAAACUAAGAAGAUAUUGCUGACCUAACAUGUUCAAUUUUACACUUUAAAUCUACAACUUCAUACAUUUUACAUUCUGAUGAAAUACACAUUUUGAGUGACCAGUGAUUUUUAUUUUUAAAAUCGCGAGUUUACAGAUAUAAGCUGAUGUUUGAUUGAUUUUAUCUUUCUGAGACAAGAAGGUGCACUCACACAGCUGGUUACGCUCUAUAGUGCUAUUAUGGCACCUAGUCUAGUGCACACAGUGUGUCUAUGACUUGUAGAAACACUUAUUUUGUAAGAUAUACUGCAUAGAUUGGGAUUAUGGGGGAUUAUGGACAGCAUAAUGUUUGUACAUUAGAAAUGCAUGUGCACCACUGUGGCCUUGUUUCCUGCUCAAAAGGAUGAGGAAAAAUGUGUCUCCCUUUUCCAGUGCUGAAUGUUUUGGGUAGCCCUGCAGUGAACUGGUGUCUCAGCCAGGGAGUGUUCCCGGGAUGAGUUUUGGAAUAAUCGUGACCCUGAAUGGGAUGAACGGUUGCAUGAGAUGAAUGAAUGAAAGAAUGUUCUACUGUAUAUCGGUGCACAGCAUUUACCACCUCUAGAUAAGUGACCACCACAGAACCAGGACCACUUCAGAUUAGAUAUUACAUGGGUAGUACACUGGCUCUGAGGACUUGCAUGCUAUUUAAUGUAUGUAACAGUGCUACAGGUGUAUCAAGCAUACCAGCGUUUGAGGUUUACUUCCACAAAUCUGAGUCAAAAACAAUUAUAAUUAAAGCUGCAAGCAGCGAUGAAUGGGCCCUCGAACCCAGGUGCACAUUGGGGCUGCUCUGCCAGGGGAAUGCUAUUCCACUUUUUUGGCACUUUUUAGCACUUGUAUGUUGUUAGGCGUGUAUCACAAUGUAAAACAUGUAAUUUCCGGUUGACAGCAGGCAGGUGGAGCUAUUAUUAUAACUGAAUCUUGGCAUUUAGAUGUUCUCAGGCCAUGUAUUCAUAUCAAACAUGAAAUUUGAAGCAGCUUGAAAAUUGUAUGCUUGAGUUAGAACUUAUAACUAAUCUUCCUGUUUACAUUACAUUUACAUUUAUUCAUUUAGCAGAUGCUUUUAUCCAAAGCGACUUACAAAUGAGAAAAUACAAGCAAAGCAGUAAUAGCAUGCUUUAGCAUGUUGCUAGCAUGUUUAGAAUUUGCUGGCAUAUUUUUAUAUGUUGCUAGGAAUACAUUCAUGUAAAACAUGUCACUUCCAGUUGCCAGCAGGUAGUGGUAUAAUGAUAAAUUAAUAUUGGCAUGUAGAUGUCUUCAGGACAUACAUCCAUCCAUCCAUCUUCUAUACCGCUUUAUCCUUUUCAGGGUCACGGGGAAACCUGGAGCCUAUCCCAGGGAGCAUCAGGCACAAGGCGGGGUACAGCCUGGAGCAGAUCCAAUAGGGCUUUGCACCAGUGGUGCUCGGGCCCUAAUAAUAAUAAUAAAUGGAGCAGACCCAAUAGGGCUUCACACCAGCGGCGCUUGGGCCCUAAUAAUAAUAAAAAAUGGAGCAGAUCCAAUAGGGCUUCGUACCAUCGGUGCUCGGGCCUCAGUUAUGCAGUUAUAAAUGGACAGUAAUAGAGGACUUGCAUGUAAAAGAAGCAUAGCCUGAUGGUCCACAAUUUUAUUGUUUUGUUUCAGUGGUGGAAACAACAACCCACCAUUAUCAAAGUUAUGUCUAUAAAUAUAUCAAUCUAAUGCCAACUAUUAAUAUGAUUAGGUGAGUGGAAAUGUCUCUAGCUCCAGUACAUAGCAAAAUAUUAUUGUACUCUCAAGUGCAAAAUGAUUGUAAAUUUAAGUGAAUGAAUCUGUACUAAGGGGGUCUAUGAAAUAUUUCUUUAUAGUUUAAAGCAACCCUGACUGUAAAACUGCUGCUCGAACUAUAUUCUGAGAAAUAAAAUGGCUAAACUGUACCUUUGUUGCUGGAGUUGUACCACCAAGGAUAGACCUUUUGUACCUUUAGUAUGUAUCUUUGCCUUGAAAAUGGGAAUAUAGUAUUACCUUUAAAUAUAAUUGGUGCGUGACGGGCAUGCAAGGAAUGUGAGGACCACUCAAUUCUUUAAUCUUAUCUGUGUCUUAUCUGCUAUAGAAAGCUCUACUUCUCCUCAUCACCUUCUUCUCCUUUAUUUAAUCUAUUAUUUUCUGCUCGACUAACCCAGAUCUGGCUCUGAGUUAAUCCAAGAACCACUCAUGCAUAGUGAUGUGCUCAAUGGUGGGCUGUUUUCUUAGGUCUUGCUGCAGGCAUCACAGUAACAGAGGUUUUCAGGCUAUUUGUGAAAUAACUUUUUAACCACCUGCAGCAUGAUGACUGGAGCCAGGGGUUCACACAGCAGGCAGUUCUGAUGCGUGCACAACUUUUAGACGUCCAUACAGUUCCUGGGGCACUCAAAGACCAAAAUGUAACAGUUGUAGCACCACUCAAAGAGCUCUGGAACAUGCUCACAACAAGGUGGCUUAUAUGCCAUUUUCAUUAAAGCCACCUCUAGAAGGAGUGUGCUUGUUUCUCCAGGUGUAAGGGUUGGUGAUCUUGGAUGGGAAUCAAAACCAGGUUGUGGUGGUAAUGACCCAACAACAUAACCACUGCUCCACAGGCUAGGCUGGACACAAUUGUAGAGAUAGGGGGAUGAAAUAGAAGGUUUUUUACUUCAGACCAACAAAAGAUCAGACAAUACAACCAUAAAACAGAUGAGACCUGCAGCAAGACUCAGUGGCAACAGGCACUGAGGUUUCAGUGAGCACAGUAAGCCAGAAGGUACUAAACGCAGAAGGUUUCCAUGCCAGAACUCCAAGGCGUACACCACUACUGACCCAAAAGCACAAGAAAAGUCAGCUCAGAUUCAUAUGAAUGAGCCACAGAAGUUUUGGGAUUCUGUUCUGUAUAAUGAUGAAACAAAACUGGAAGAUUUUGGCACGAUGGAUCAGCGGUGUGUCUUGAGGAAGAAGAAUGAAGAAAGAACACUCUGUCCACACUCAAGCAUGGUGGUGGCUCGGUGAUGCUCUGGGGCUGCUUUGCAUCCUCUGGCACUGGAAACCUGCAGCGUGUGGAAGGCAAGAUGGAUUCAUUGAAGUAUCAGGAAAUCCUAGGAGAAAACAUCAUGCUGUCUGUGAGGAAGCUGAAAAUUGGACAUCAUUGGAUCUUCAGGACAAUAAUCCCAAGCAUACCACAAAUUCCACCCAGGCUUGGUUGCAGAUGUCCUGGAAGAUUCUACAGGGCCCUCACAGUCACCUAACUUGAACCCCAUAGAAAAUCUCUGGUGGAUUUUUAAGAAGGUGGUUGCAACACACAAACCCAAGAAUAUUACUUAACUGGAGGCAAUUGCUCAUGAGGAGUGAACGCGGCCAGAAGCCAUGCAUCUCGUUUGCAGCAGGUCAUAACAGCAAAAGCGUGCUCUACUAAGUACUAAAGAUGCUUGUCAUGGAGGGGUUGAAUAAUUUUGAAACUGGAGAAAUCAUUAUAAGUUACAUUUUCAGUUGAAUUUGGGGAAACCACUUGAAGCAUUCGUUGUGUUGAACUAUUUCAAUUGCUUUUGUUUGAUUUGUUCAUUGCAAACAGCUGAAAGUCUGCACAUUUUGCUAUGAGGGAUGAAUCAUUUCGAUUGCAACUGUAAAUAAACUGAUGACAAUGAAUCUGAUAAUUAUGAAGCUGUCAUUUAAGAAGCUGCCGAUAACCCAAUGCUGAUGAUGCUGACGAUGACUCUCUUGACUGUAUAUCACACACUGAAUUGUAAUUCAUAGGUGACAUUCAUCUGCCUCCCAUCUGCUCCAUAGACAGAACCAAAACUUCCAUGCUCCAGCAGCUUUCCAAAGUGUGUCAGGAAAUAAGCUUGCUCUUUUUUUUAUUUUUAUUUAUUCAUUUUUUUUUUUUUUUUUUAUAAAACCAUGAAGUACUUGGCAAUGAGUUAGAUCAGGGGUUGGCAGUCUUCUCUGGAAAGGGCUGGUGUGGGUGCAGGGUUUCAUUCCAACUUAUAUUGAGAAUUACUGCCAAAACGUCAUGCUCAGCACUGCACAUGCAUUAAAUAAACUAUCAGAAAAAAGGGUACUAAGGGUACUGUAUCAUUUCUUGUCACUGGGGUGGUACCAUUAUGGUACAUCCUUUAUGCUUUUAUAAUUUAUCUUAUACCUAGAAAUGUGCAUGUAAUAUACCAGGGGUGUCAUAUAUACUGUACAGCCCACCAAAUAAUUUUAGAAUAUUUGUUCUAAAUGGUCUUUUGGACUGUAAUGGGCUCAUUGCAGAAACUUUUCCAUGGUCUUAGUACUGCUCCGAUAUGUCUGGUUAUUUCAAUGUCAAUGGUAUUUUACAUUUGGUCUCUGCAAGAGUAGUAAAUAGUUUUCCAAAAUAACUAAAUUAGGGGUUUCACAGUAAUGGGGGUGAAUAGUUAUGUACUUGCAAUUUUAUUUUUUUUAAUCGUAAAUACUUUUGAAAAUUAUAUUAGCCCCCCAUUCCAAUCCUAUUCUAGUAAAAUAGCAUACAUUUGAUCAACUUAGCUAAUAUUCUAGCUAACAAGAUAUGUAAAUUUUAUUGAAACUAUUUUGAACAAUACAGAUAACUAAUACUAGAUGCAUAAUUUAAUUGUGCAAUCAGUGAAGUAAAUAUGACACAUUUUAACAUUAUAUAGGCUAAAAAGUGAUGUUUGAGGAGAACACGGAAUAGGGAACCUGAUAAUGGCUGGGACGUCUUGAGCUUUUCACACACUAACCAACACCUUUUUACCAAGAGUUCGUUGCUGAGGUAUAACCAAAAUGACAUCAGUGUUCACAACCAUUUUAAUUUAUAUCAUAGCCAAUCAAAAACAAAACAAAAAAAAUCAAAUGAAAGAGCGAACAAUGACAGUAAUCAACUUGUAGUUUUGGGGAAAACAAAUUAGAUGCAAUAAAUGUACAGUAUAA